AUGGCAAAAUUAAAGCAUCCCAUCAGUUGUAAAACUCUUACAAAGCCUCCAAGAGAUCAGAAGCCGCCACCAUUCACAGGAGGGUUUGUUCCAAACAAACCAACGCAGAACAAGAAAGCAAUAGAGACACCCCACAGAAUGCCCAAACCAGAAGAACUCAAGGGCAGACAGUAUUGCAGAUGGCACAAUUCUGGGAAUCAUUGUACCAAUAGUUGUGUUGUUUUCAGAGAUGUCAUACAGGAAGGGAUAAUAGCAGGAAGGCUAAAGCUGGCAGAAAAACCUCCAUCUGUCACCACAGACCCUUUUCCCCCGCCACAAGUUAACAUGGUCAACCUAAAUUGGCCAGAACAGAAGAGGGGCAGACCAGCUAUAGAGGCUAGCUCCAGUAGAAGCAGAAUAGUUUCAAAAGAGACUAUAGAGAGACCAAAAGCAACCAUUUCAGCUGGGGUAGUGCUCUGCAGCAGGUGCAAGUGUAAGGCUGAGCUGGAAGUGGUCCUGGACAAACAGGAACUGCCCACUCCAAGUGUUUUUGACCGGAUUGGGACCACGUCCCAUGAUAGAGCCAAACAGAGAAACUACCCCAGGCCUGUACUUCCAGAGACCAAUUCUGCCAAGAAAGGGAAAGAGCCAGAAGUACUUCCCCAGACAGAACAAGCAAUCUCUCAUCCACAGAGGUUGACGAAAGCAGAAUCUUCAAGGAAACCUUCUAUCCAUCCUACCUCCACCUCAGGAAAUCUACUUAAAACUCCACAACCAGAGGAAAAAACCGAUCCUAUUCCAGAAGAAGGGCAAGAGGACUGGACUGAGGAGUAUGAAGAGGAGCAGCUGGAUUAUGAGCCAUCUGCAGAUGACCAGAAUGUGCUCCUCGGAAUGGAAGAACAGGGAGAAUGGACAGAGGAAUACGGUGGAGAACAGAUGGAUUAUGACGAAGGAUUGGAUGCAGAAACUGAGGCAUUUGGUGCAGAAUUGGAGGACUUGUUACGAGGUGACCUAGGCAUCAAUAUGGUGUUCAUUCUGCUAGAAAAGUUCUGGGCCGCAGAGGGACAGGAAAGCACUCUGGACGGAGAUGUAUUUUCCCAUGAGAGUUUUGAAUGCAGGUUGGCAGAAGCAGAAGAGAUGCCAGAGCAGCAAGCAGGCAAUCCCAGGACAGAAGGAACUGCCAACAAACUAGCUGCAGACCAGCUUUGCUUCUCCAAACCAACCAAAGAAAUGGCAAACCACCUCAGACCCUUGUUUAUAACAGCAAACUUCGGGGGUGUUCCUAUCCCCAAAAUUAUGGUAGAUGGAGGUGCAGCCAUCAACCUUCUGCCUCACAGAAUGCUGAGCAAAAUGGGCAGAAUAGAAGCGGAUUUAAUUCCAACCCGCUUGACCGUCACCAAUUUCGCAGGGGACAUCAUCAAAACCCUUGGGAUCCUGGAUGUGGAUGUUAUAGUAGGAAGCAAGAAGCUGAAGAUUGCAUUCUUUGUGGUAGAUACUACUUCUACCACUUACAAUGCACUGCUUGGGAGAGACUGGAUUCAUCAGAGUCUAUGUGUUCCUUCCACUCUUCAUCAACAGUUAGCUUUAUGGAAUGAAGAAGGCUACAUGGAGAUAGUAAAGGCCGAUCCACGGCUAUUUCUACCUUCUGCCAUGUGUUGUGAGGCAAGGUACUAUCAUGAUGACCUUGGUCCUUUCACCUUCUUUGGAGUCAACCAGAACGGUCGCCCCCAUGGUGUCACGGCCCAGAGGCUCAUUGAAGAAGGUCUAACCAACUCUUUGGAGGACUGUAACAGACCUUUUGUUCUAAACUUCCGGAACUCUGAUGUUUAG